GCAGCCAAGUUGGAUCCCCAUUACUCUCCUUCAUUUCUGUACUUGGGACAUUACUACCUUAGAGUAUUAAAAGAUUUAAGCAAAGCCAGUAGAUGUUAUCAGAAAGCAUUUGACCUAGAUCCAAGUUCCGUUGACGCAGGAAUAGCUUUAGGAGAUUCCCUUAUGGAAAUGGGAAAUGAGGUUGCUGCACUCAACUUGUACAAGAAUGUUAUGUCAGCAUCAUCGCCCGGAGAGGGUAAAUGGGCGUGGCUACGGCUUGGAUUGUCUCACUUGAAACAGAACGAAAGUACAGAAGCCAUAUCCUGUUUUCAGAGUGCCCUAAGAGCUGAUCUUAAAGACAGGCAUUGCUGGGAAUGUCUUGGUGAAGCAUAUAUGAGUCGAGGAAGUUACAUGGCGGCUAUGAAGGCUUUUACAAAAGCUUCUGAGCUUGACCCAUCGUCGCUCUACUGCCUUUACCAGUUGGCGGCCAUUAAACAGUUAUUGUGUGUCCAUAGUGAGGCAAUCAAAGAAUAUAAACAGAUUCUGGAGAUGCAACAUGAUUAUGUUCCUGCAAUGAAAG